AUGGCUGGCGGCACACCCGCGGGCGAGCCCACUGUAGGCUCCGGUGAGCCGCGUUUGAAAAGCCUUGCGACUCCCGAAACAAUAAAAACAGGCUGCAUCGCUUGGGUAGAGAAGGAGGGUCAACCGCGACGCGCCGAAAUUCUGAGCAUCAAGACGACGAAGAGCGGCAAACAGUUUUACUGUAAUUUCGAUAACUUCAAUAAGCGACUGGACGAAUGGGUGCCUGUGAUCAGGUUGGACUUCACUCGGGAAGUCGAAUGGCCAAAUCCAGAAAAGGACAAGCCCAAAGACCCGAAGACGAAGAAAGCCACCACUGCACAAUCUAAGAAAACACAGCCUUCAAAAAAAUCUCAAAAGCGACCCAGCAAGCGAGAACAAUCAGUUGCUUCAGAGGCUAACACCCCACAUCCCUGGACUGAUUUCGUAGAGAACCAAAAUCGACAAAAGUCUGCCUCGAUCGGCCCCGAUGGCGAUAGCCAGGCGCGCGCUAGCGUUGACGGAGGCGCAACGCCUGUUGGGGGGGACGAAAUGGAAGUGGAUGAGAGGGAAACAGAUGUGAAGAAGGAGCCUGCGGAGUUCAGUCGCGAGGUCGAGAUCGAGAAGCUUCGAACAUCAGGCUCGAUGACCCAAAACCCAACCGAGGUUUCUCGAAUUCGAAAUAUCUCCAAAGUACAAUUCGGCCGUUUCGAUCUGUAUCCGUGGUAUUUCUCGCCAUACCCUGAGAUUUUUAGCCAGGAAGACGUGAUCUUCAUCUGCGAGUUUUGUCUAAGCUACUACGGAGACAUAAAGGCUUUUACACGACACCGAAAGAAGUGUACGCUACAACACCCACCAGGAAACGAAAUCUAUCGGAAUGAAGAUAUAUCCUUUUUCGAAAUCGAUGGCCGACGACAACGAACGUGGUGCCGCAAUCUUUGUCUCCUGUCCAAGAUGUUUCUUGACCAUAAGACACUGUACUAUGACGUGGACCCUUUCCUGUUUUAUGUCAUGACGACGCGAACCGAAAAGGGAUGUCAUUUGGUGGGAUAUUUCUCCAAGGAGAAGGAAAGCGCAGAUGGGUACAAUGUUGCUUGUAUUUUGACCAUGCCUCAAUACCAGCGCAAGGGUUAUGGCCGACUUCUGAUCCAGUUCUCAUACGAGCUCUCUCGAAUUGAAGGGAAGCUUGGCUCUCCAGAAAAGCCACUAUCGGAUCUGGGUCUGCUGAGUUAUCGACAAUAUUGGUCGGAGAAUAUUUUGGAGCUGCUCAUGGGAUACAACGAACGUGACGAAAAGGUCACAAUCGAAGCAGUUUCUACAGCGCUGGCCAUGACAACGCAGGAUGUGGAGCAUACUCUCCAAGCAUUGCGGAUGCAGGUCUAUCAUAAGAGCGACCAUAAGAUUGUGAUACCGGAGAAGUUGAUUCAGCAACGCGAAAAGACCAAAUUGAAGAGGAAGCGAACCGUGGACCCAACCAAAAUUCAAUGGAAACCUCCGGUGUUUACAGCUUCAAGCCGAACAUGGGGAUGGUGA